GUCACAGUAGUCUCACCAGCUCACAUGGGCCUGUCAAGACACAAAUCCUGCUGCGUGCUCCGAUAAUGCAAGUGCCCGCCCGUUUCCUGACGUCACUUUCAAGCCACGCCCUCCUCCUCCUCCUCCUCCCCCCAACACCCCGCCCUACCCCACAAGAAAACUGCAAGCCUGUACGACCGUCUAAUAAACCUACAGGGUCCGUGAAAAACCUCUUCUUUAUUAGGCCCCGCCCCAUCUCGUCGAAAGCUGCCACGAUUGGUGGACCGUCCACGCCCACUUUUACUUACGCUGCACAGAACCUGAUGACGUUUCUGGCGAGAGUUUCCGAGACGUGUGUAGUAGCACUUGGCAGAGCGCACAGACCGAUGACGUCAUGUAUUUGAUCCAGCGCUGGAUGAAGGGCGGAGCCACUUGCAGUGUGAAGGCGGAGCUAGACCAGGGGAAGCUUGUCAGAAAGUGUGGCCGGAAGGGAAGGGGGCGGGGCCAGUUUGAGAUGCCGUGUGGGGUGGCGGCGACACGGGCAGGCGACCUAGUGGUGGCGGACACAGAGAACCACAGGGUCCAGCUCUUCAGCCCCGACGGCGCCUUCAAGCUCAAGUUCGGAGAGAAGGGCACUAAACCGGAACAGCUCUGCUACCCCAUCGGCGUCGCCAUGACAACCACGGACAACAUCGUGGUCUCUGACAGCGUCAACGCGGCCAUCAAGAUCUUCACGCCGCACGGCAGGCUAGAGUGGUGGGCCGUCCACUCCAAGUCCAUCGAGUUCCCGUACGGCGUGGCGGUCACGUGCGAUGACGAAAUAGUCGUCACGGACAUCUGCAAACAUUGUGUCAUCGUUCUGGACGCUUCCGGGGAGGUGAGCCACUCGUUCGGUUGCUAUGGCGACGCGCCGCGGGAGUUCGACCACCCGUACUGCGUGACCGUCAACUCCAGCAAGCAGAUCAUCGUCUCCGACACGGGCAACAACUCCGUCAAAAUCUUCCACUUCCAAGGGCGACUACUCAGGUGCUUUUCUUCCUCGGACUUCCACUUGCCCCCGGAGACGUUCGUCUCUCUCUACGGCGUGUGUACGGACGGUGAUGAUAACACGCUUGUGGUGUGUAACUCGGCCGUGUACAUCCUCACGAAAAACGGGCGCCUGUGGGAAGUGCUCACGGCCAAAGAUGGACUCACCUCGCCUCGCUGCAUCGCCUACUCCGCCGUGGGACGCCUGUUGCUCACACAGGCUGGGUAUGACGUCAGACACGAACUGUGCAUCUUCCGGUACAACAAGGAGGACUUCAAAUCCCUCAACCGGCUCGUCUACUACGCAAUAUCUAUAUAACCACCGGGGUACCUAGCUUGUGUAACCAAUUCAUUCGUUCAUUACUUC